AGCCACUGGUGCCGCUGCCGCUGCCUCCUUGCGAACCACGUUGUAGGGAUUGUUUUCGGCGUUCUCAUGCCAAUUUAUCGGUAGUUAUUCGUGCAAAUUAGCUUUUCCAGCACGAUGGCGAAGUUUGAUUUAACUCAUAAGUUAGGGCAGUAUUUGGACCGGCAUUUGGUGUUUCCGCUCCUCGAGUUUUUGUCUGCAAAACAGAUCUACGAUGAAACUGAACUUCUGCAAGGGAAGCUCGAUAUCCUUAGCAAAACCAACAUGUUGGAUUAUGCGAUAGACAUCAGGAAGCAGUUGCAUCCCAAUGCUGAAGUUCCAGAGGACCUGAAAAUAAAAAGAGCGCAAGUUGUGGCAGAGCUAACUGAACUGCAAAACGAGGUGGAGCUUGUCUACAAGCUCAUGCAGAACGAGGAAGUGAUGCAGACGAUGGAAACGAUGCGAGACCCCAAAGUUUUGCUGAGCCAUCUCACCAAGGAAUAUGAUUUCAAAAUUGACAUGAUGGAUAAUUUGGUGAAGUUUGCCAAAUACAGAUACGAGUGUGGAAACUACUCUGUGUCCACCAGCUACCUGUACUUCUACAUGCUCAUCAUGCCACCUACAGAUAAGAACUAUCUGAAUGUCCUGUGGGGAAAACUGGCCUCCGAGAUCUUGGUCCAGAACUGGGACACCGCCCUUGACGACCUGAACAAGUUGAGAGAGUUCAUUGACUCAAAUGCAUUUGCAAAUCCGCUGCAAGUUCUGCAGCAGAGGACGUGGCUCAUUCACUGGAGUCUGUUUGUCUUCUUCAAUCAUGCCAAGGGACGAGACCACAUCAUCGAGAUGUUCUUGUACAGGCCCAAUUACCUAAAUGCCAUCCAGACGAUGUGCCCACACAUUCUGAGAUACCUGGCUACUGCUGUAGUGAUCAACAGAUCGAGACGAAAUGCUCUGAAUGCGCUCAAGGAUUUGGUUAAAGUCAUCCAACAGGAGUCAUAUACCUACAGAGAUCCCAUUACUGAGUUCUUGGAGCAUCUCUACGUCAACUUUGACUUUGAUGGUGCCAGGCAGAAGCUGAACGAGUGCCAGGAAGUUUUGUACAACGACUUCUUCCUUAUUGCCUGCCUUGAUGAGUUCGUGGAAAACGCGCGUUUGAUGAUUUUCGAAACAUUCUGUCGCAUUCACCAAUGCAUCACCAUUGGCAUGCUGGCUGAGAAACUGAACAUGAACCCUGAGGAGGCUGAAUGCUGGAUUGUCAAUCUCAUUCGAAAUGCUAGGCUAGACGCCAAAAUUGACUCUAAAAUGGGGCAUGUUGUGAUGGGAGCCCAACCAGCCUCUCCCUACCAAGUUCUGUUGGAGCGAGUUGACACUUUAUCCGUGAGGUCGGAGGCACUGCAAAACCUGAUUGAACGCAAAGUUAAGGCGAAAUCACAGGAUAACCGAUGGAACAAUAACGACUUCUAAGUGCAAGCUGAUUCUGGAGGUUAACAGUACACUUUUUUCAUUGUGGUAAUAAAAACAAGUUGGAAAUA